UUACUUUGAUUUUGACAAUUUUCCUGCCACAAUUGAUACUACGAGUCCUAGCAACUAGCGUCUCUAGCAACGACCGGCAACAAAUAGUUUCCGGUUGCUUAGCAGCCUCAAAACCGGACACGGAGGACUGUCUUCCUGAACCCGAAACUGAACGAUUCCCAGCCAUGGCCGGCAAACUAUUCGCUUGUGAUUUCGAAGUGUUUGGUAUUGUGCAGGGGGUGUUUUUCCGGAAGUACACCCAAAAGCAGGCUGUCAGCUUAGGGUUACGCGGUUGGUGCAUGAAUACUCGCGAUGGAACCGUGAAAGGGCAAUUGGAAGGUGAAGAAUCUCCGAUAAAUGAAAUGAAACACUGGUUGAAAACCAAAGGAAGUCCAACUAGUCGCAUUGAUAAGGCAGUCUUCGGUGAAAUGAAACCAAUAGAGAAAUACUCCUUCAACGACUUUGGGAUUAGACGUUAAACUGAUUCUCAUAUAAUUGUAAUAAUUUAUUUGUGAUUUUUUUAGAGAACUAAAU